AGUAGGAAACCAUGCAAGUGUCUAUACUCGAUAGACUGUUGUUUUAUUUUUGCUCUGCAGUUGUCAAAGUUGAACACACUGUUCAUUAGAGGUAUGUUUGACCUUUCACGAGUCCGGAAGAGAAAAUUACAUAGAUAUGUGUUUCUGGAUCGUGUGAGUUAUCUGUAAACUCAGGCUAAGAAAGUAGAGAACUUCAAAUUUGUUUGUAUGCUCGGUGCAAUCUUCUGGGAUACGGGGAUGGAAACUCCAGUUUCUGAUGGUACUGUUUAUAAGCGCUCCUCAUCGAGGAAGACUGUAGGAUUACGAAACUAUGAUGAGAAUCUUAUGGACGAGCUCAUAGAGAAGCAUUUAGGUGGCACUCCAAGGAAACGGAAUAGAACAAAGGAGGACAUGCAGAAAGAAACUGAAAUUGAGGCCAUGUUAGCUCUCUCCCUUGGGUUCCCAAUUGAUGCGUUGCUUGAAGAAGAAAUUGAGGCACGGGUUGUGGAUGAAUUGGGUGGAAAAGGGCAAAAUGACUACAUUGUGGUGAGAAAUCAUAUACUGGCAAAGUGGAGGGAUAAUGUCCGGACUUGGCUUUCAAAAGGACAGAUUAGGGAAACUGUCAGUAAUGAAUAUGAACAUCUGAUUUGUUCAGCUUAUGAUUUUCUCCUGUCUCAUGGGUAUAUUAAUUUUGGAGUCUUACCUUCAAUAACAUCUCAAAUUCCACAUGAGGGAACUGAAGGAUCGGUAAUAAUUGUUGGUUCUGGGCUUGCUGGAUUAGCAGCAGCCAGGCAACUUUUAUCCUCUGGUUUCAAGGUGGUGGUCAUUGAAGGUAGAAACAGGCCUGGAGGGAGAGUUUAUACUCUGAAAAUGGGUCAGAAGGAUAAGCUUGCAGCUGUAGAUCUUGGUGGGAGUGUUAUUACGGGUAUCCAUGCUAACCCUCUUGGAGUUCUUGCAAGGCAACUGUCUAUUCCACUUCACAAGGUCAGGGAUAAAUGCCCAUUAUACAAUCCCAAUGGGGCACCUGUUGGUGAGGAAAUUGAUUCCAAGGUGGAGAUAAUCUUCAAUAAGUUGCUGGACAAAGCCACAGAAUUGAGAAAAAUCAUGCUUGAACGUGCAGAUGAUAUUUCUCUAGGAUCAGUUUUAGAGACACUGAGACAGUUGUACGGUGUGGCUCAAAGUACUGAGGAAAGGCAACUUCUUGAUUGGCACCUUGCCAACUUGGAAUAUGCAAAUGCUGGUUGUCUAUCAGACCUUUCAGUUGCCUAUUGGGACCAGGAUGAUCCUUAUGAAAUGGGUGGGGACCACUGUUUUCUUGCUGGAGGUAAUUGGAGAUUGAUUAAAGCAAUGUGUGAAGGAGUCCCCAUAUUCUAUGGAAAAACUGUUCAUACUAUUAAGUAUGGAAAUGAUGGUGUAGAGGUAGUUGCUGGUGAUCAAGUAUUUCGAGCUGAUAUGGUCCUUUGCACUGUGCCUCUUGGUGUCCUGAAGAAUAGGACCAUAAGAUUUGAACCUGAAUUACCUAAAAGAAAGCUUGCAGCUAUUGAGCGAUUGGGUUUUGGCUUGCUCAAUAAAGUUGCCAUGAUUUUCCCUCAUGUCUUUUGGGGGGAAGACCUAGACACAUUUGGCUGUCUCAACAAAGAUGGACAUAGACGUGGAGAGUUCUUCCUGUUUUACAGCUACCAUACUGUUUCUGGAGGUCCUGUUCUUGUUGCACUUGUAGCAGGAGAGGCUGCACUUGCUUUUGAAUCUGCUGAUCCAGCUGUUUUGCUUCAGCGUGUUCUAAGCAUCCUCAGAGGUAUAUAUAAUCCAAAGGGUAUUGAUGUGCCUGAUCCGAUCCAAACAAUUUGUACGAGAUGGGGUAGUGAUCCCCUUUGCUAUGGUUCAUACUCCCAUGUUCGAGUAGGAUCAUCUGGCAGUGACUAUGAUAUUCUUGCAGAAAGUGUGGAAGGGCGGCUCUUCUUUGCUGGUGAGGCGACAAAUAAGCAAUAUCCAGCUACCAUGCAUGGUGCUUUCUUGAGUGGCUUAAGAGAAGCUUCAUGCAUUCUUCAUGCAAUGAGGACUUUGCGAAAUAAUUCUGGAAAUUUCAUGCAGAAGAAUGUGGGACCAUGCAAUGAUGUUCUCAUAGAUUUAUUCAAGAAGCCUGAUUUAAUCUUUGGGAAGUUCUCAUUUAUAUUUGAUACGUCAAUCGAUGACCCAAAAUCUAUGGGGAUUAUGAGAGUCACUUUUGGGCAGACCCAGACUGAAAUUAAUGGGAAAUAUGGCUGUGGACAAGAAUUAAAGAACUACCAACGGUCCUUAAACCUACCAUUGCAUCUGUACACUGUAUUAUCUCAAGAACAGGCACUUGAGCUUCAGUUGGUGACUGGCGGGGAUGAAAAGAAAUUGUCUUUUUUAUUCAGGAAUUUUGGAUUGAAGCUAACUGGACCUAGUGGCUUAGGUAGCUUGGGUAACUCCUUAACUGUUAGCAUUGCUAGUGCACAGAGAAUCCGGAGCAGGAAUCGUUUACUUUCUGGACAACAAAAUGUAGAAAGGCCAUUAUUCCCAAUGCAUUAGUUAUCAGGUGCUUCAUUUGUGAGCAGUGAUAUAGAGAUCCACAUACAUUCUUGAUGAAAGGGAUACUAGAAAACCAAUGUGCCUUUUGUGCCUCAACACCUUGUAUAUGAUUUAACCAAGGAAGUUUGUUCAUCUUAAAACCAGGAAAGCUAAUUUCUUGGGGUUGACUGAGGUAGAAAAUUCGUUUGGAUUAUUUUGGUGAAUCCGACUAUGAACAGAUUGGUGGUUUGAUCUGAAAUCCAUCUGCUGACUGCGCUAUCCAUUCUCCAAAGCUGUGGAUAUUUGUGUAGCAAAUAUCUCAUGUAGAACACUGCAUUUUUCUAUUUGGGGACAAACCAGUAACAGAUGAGCACCAAAAGUAGUUCUGGAGGGAAGCUUGGUAAUGUCUGAUUAUGUAUUUUUUUCAGCUCCCAUAGAUUUUAUUUUAGAAAUUCAUUUAUCCCUCCAACAUUUUGUGCUCUGGGAUGUGCUUUCUGUAUGUGUAAGUUGAUAUGUAUGAAAUAUAACAUUUCUUUGGAACCAAGACAGCUCUUUUUUUUUUUUUUUUUCUCUCUCUCUUUUACAGGUCAUAUGACUUCUUAAACUUAGCUGAUGUUGAAGAUUCAGAAUGAUGGAGAAGAUUUAAUUCUUGUACGUUUAUAUUGGUUUCCCUCUGGUUCUAAGUUCAUGGAAAUCACUUUGGUUUUAGGAUGAAAUAGUGGUAUUGGUUGCGAUUCUGUUGAACCAUGGAGUUUCGUUUGACCCCCUAAAUACUUGUGAUCUCUUU